GUUUUUAACGUUCUCACUCGUAGCUCGCCCGUCAUGCCCCCUAAACUUCGCAUCCUCGCCUUCCACGGGUACACUUCCAACUCUUUCAUCCUCCACAGACGGCUUGGAUCGGUCCGCAAAGCCUGCAGGGAUGUGGCUGACAUUGUCACCCUCAAUGGACCUCUUCUCGUACAACCAAUCUCACGAUCUCUCGAUGCCCCGGAAGGUGAGGACGAGGUGACGGAAGCUACGCCCAUCGAGGAGCAACCUCGUGCCUGGUGGAAGUCCACGGACGAAGGCAGCUACAAGGAUGUCGAAAAGACGUGGAAAUUGCUGAGCGAAGAGCUGGCAAAGUUGGACGGGCCCGUCGAUGGGGUCAUAGGCUUCUCGCAGGGAGCUUGCCUUGCCGGUCUGCUAGCUGCGGCAUUUGAGUCGCCCUCGCUCCUACCGGCCUUGAAGCUGCCAGAGGGGCAAGGUCCACUCAAAUUCGCCAUCGCCAUCAGCGGGUUCAGGUCGAGGGACCCGGAGCAUCAACCUCUUUGGAAGGACGAGCAAGGCGGCAUCGAGACUCCCCUGCUGCACAUUCUGGGAAAGGCGGAUCAGAUUGUCGACGAGGAGCGCAGCAUGACCUUGGUGCAUGCUGCAAAGAACUCAAGGGUUGAGCAUCAUGCUGGCGGGCAUGUGGUCCCGAGUCAGGCGCCGUGGAGGAAUUUCAUGAGGGAUUACAUCGCAAGCUUUCAAGAGGGAGCCGAAAAGGAUGGGUGGAAGAACGUCCUGGGACCAGCGGCAAGAAGUGGUGAGGAUGCUGGAGGCGAAGGGGAUAGCGCUCCGCCCAGUGGGACGGCCACGCCUACGACGACGACGAGUAAGAGGCCGGGAUUGUAGAGGCUUGAUAAUGCAUAGAGCAUGGCAUAUAUGACAAGGGAUGCGCUUGCUCAGUA